AUGCGUCGUAUCGUUGUUGAUGCGGAAGACCCAGGGGAGCCUACUCGAGACCAUCCUUCUAAACAUCCCUCAAAAUUACGCGAAGCAAAUGAGACGAAAGUUCAUCCAAAUAACUCAGGAGGAGAAGAUGGAAACAUCUUCUUUGUGGGGACAGCAACGACGUUUAUAGAAUGGGCGGGUAUUAGGAUCAUGACCGAUCCAAAUUUCCUACAUGCGGGAGAUCAUGUUCAUCUUGGCCCAGGGGUUACGGGAAAACGAGUCACGAAUCCCGCGAUUGAUCUCCAUAAUAUACCCCCUGUUCAUCUCAUUCUUCUUUCACAUUACCACGCCGAUCAUUUUGACCAGAAGGUGGAAGCAUCUCUUACUCGUGAUAUACCCAUUAUAACAACACCUCAUGCUAAGGGCUGCCUCGAGUCGAAAGGUAAUGAUUCCUUUACCCGAGUAGAAGCCCUAGAUACUUACCAGAGCAUGUUGGUGGAAAUCAAAUCCAAGGAGGCAACCAGUAAAAAGGAGCCAGCGAUCAAGGUGACUGCUAUGCCUGGAAAGCAUGUCCCACCUGGUCCAUUGUCCACCGCCAAUGAUAUUUUGAAAGCGGUUCCACCUACAAAUGGAUGGAUGGUCGAACUAGGCCACACCACCCAAUAUCACCAUGCGGAGGGAGAUUUUGAAACAAACUACCAGAUCUACAUCUCUGGCGAUACCUUGAUGUGUGAUGAAUUAAAGGAGAUCCCGAAAAUCUAUGCUGAUCAAAAGAUUGACUUGAUGCUUAUUCACCUUGGAGGCACAACCAUCCCAUCCCCUCAUAUACCAUUGUUAAUGGUUACAAUGGAUGCGAAGCAAGGAAUAGAGCUGUUGAAACUAGUUUGUCCAGAAGUCACUAUUCCGAUCCAUUACGAUGAUUAUGAUGUCUUUCUAUCACCGCUAUCAGACUUCCAGAAAGCGGUGGAGGAGGCUGGUUUAAGUGAUAAAGUAGUGUACCUCGACCGCAAGGAUCAGUAUAAAUUCAAAACUACGUGGACCGACAGUCAUUAA